AUGCUUAAUGAAGACAUCUUGAAAGGGGACUUCCGGUCCACUUCUUGGAAGAUUGCUGAUGAUGUCCCAUAUGAUGAGGGCUUCCCCACACUUCCUCCAGUAGAGUUGGCAGCAGACUUUGCGGCUGAGCCAGAGGUUGAGCCUCAGCCUUUACCAUUAAGCAUUCGUCCCUUCGACCCGACAAGACCGGCCUCUACUAACCAGUUCUGCACAAGAGAUCCUGACAAAGCCCAUGUCUUUUUUCUACCAUUCAGUGUGACAUCUAUGGUUCGCUUCAUUUAUGUGCGUGAGUCCCAUGAUUGGGCUCCGAUGAAACAAACAGUCAAUGAUUAUGUCAAUCUCAUUGCGCGGAAAUACCACUAUUGGAAUCGAAGCCUUGGGGCCGAUCAUUUCAUGCUUGCUUGUCAUGAUUGGGGGCCAGAGCUUUCCUCUUCCGUUCCUUACCUAUACAAAAAUUCCAUUCGGGCUCUAUGCAAUGCAAACACCUCGGAAGGAUUCAAUCCCUCGAAAGAUGUAUCAUUUCCAGAAAUCCUUCUCCCGGAUGGCACGACAAAUCGCUUACUUGGAGGUCCAUCCCCUUCGCGACGCCCAAUCUUGGUUUUCUUCGCUGGAGGGGUCCACGGCCCAAUUAGGCCAAUUCUUCUCUAUCAUUGGGAAAACAAGGACGAAGAUGUACAAGUUCACAAGUACCUUCCCAAGGGCGUUUCAUAUCAUGGGAUGAUGCGAAAAAGCAAGUACUAUAUUUGCGCGAGCGGUUAUAAAGUAGCAAGCCCACGAAUGGUCGAGGCACUCUACAUGGGUUGUGUUCCGAUACUCAUGAAGGACCAUUACGUGGCACCAUUUAGUGAUGUUCUAAACUGGAAGUUGUUCUCGGUUGAGGUUUCGGUGAAGGACAUUCCGAACCUUAAGACUAUUUUAAUGGGAAUUUCUCAGAGGCAGUACAUAAGGUUGCAGAGAAGAGGGCUGCAAGUAAGGAGGCACUUUGAGGUUAACUUGCCUGUAAAGCGGUUUGACGUGUUCCACAUGAUACUUCAUUCGAUCUGGCUUCGAAGACUGAAUGUUCGCGUUCAUGACUUCGAAGAAUCAUGAAUAUCAUUUGAUGAAUUGAAUUGAACUACCUGUUGCUUCGGAUUCGUUGAGGAAGGGGCCAAGUAAGUUGUGUAGAGUAACUUGUUGAUUUAUGAAAUUUGUGCAAUUGUAUUUAUUUUGCAGAAAUUAGGCAAAUAAUGUAUGAUCUUCACUUUUUUGUUUUUUUGGUGGAAAGAGGACUAAUUAUUAGAUAAUGUUCAGUUAAGCAACAAUAUUAUUUCCUUUAAUCACUUUUAUUUUUAUUUUUUGUAGAUGAAGUCAUUGUGUGUGCUCUGGUCAAUCCCAUACUGAUUUAGUUGGUAAUGGUGUCAUGUUUUGACCUAAAAUUAUUAUCAUCAACACAAUUGUUUAGUGGUUGGAACAA